GCGGUGUCAGCGAGCACUUAACUUCUCCCUCUGGUGAAGUGGGUUUCCUUGAACUUGAAGAAAGAAAAAAAAAUGUCUCCACUUCUGAGAAGCAUCUUUGAAAUCACUAAAAUUUUCAAUCAGUAUGCCUCACAUGAUUGUGAUGGGGCAGCCCUAAGCAAGAAAGACCUGAAGAACCUCCUUGAGAGAGAAUUUGCAGAUGUCCUUCGGAGGCCACACGACCCGGAGACAGCAGAUCUGAUUCAGGAACUUCUGGAUCGCGACUGUAACGGGCUUGUCGAUUUCAAUGAAUUCCUCCUGUUCGUCUUCAGGGUGGCUCAAGCUUGUUACUACGCGCUCGGCCAGGCCGCGGGGCUCACUGAGAAAGGGGUCAAGAGUGAGGGAAAGGGGAACCUGUUACAAGAUCGCAGGAGGGAAGCCCAAAGGAGAUUCGAGCCCCAGGACAGCCAACUGGAAGGAAAAUGCCGACUGAAAAGGCAGGAACAGGAGAAGGAGCUCGCUGAGGAAGAGGAGCAGAGGGAGAAGCAAGAGAGACGUGAGCGGAGGCUGCAAAGGCGAGAACGAGAAGAUCGUGGUAAGGAGGAAGAGCAGCUGCUGAGGCGCAAGGGUUGGGAGCCGGAGGAGUUUUCUGACCUAGAGCAGGGGCGAGAGAGGCAGGAGCAGCGGGAGCGACAGCGCCUCCGGGAGGAGCAGCGCGAGCGCCAGGAAGAAGAGCAGCUGCAAAGGCCGGAGCGCCAAGAGCUGAAGAGGGAGCGCCUGGAGGAAGAGCAGGAGCUGCAAAGGCAGAGGCGCGGGCGCGAAGAGUCGCGCUGGGAGCAGGAGCUGCGGCGCGAGCAGGAAGAGGCCAAUGAACAGGGCGAGCGACGCACCCUGAGGUGGCGGUGGCAGGUGGAAAGCGAGGCUGAGGCCCGUCAGAGCAAAGUCUACUCCAGGCCCCGCAGGCAAGAGGAGCAGAGACGCCUCCAGGAGCAGCAGGAGGAGCAGCUGAGGGCGGAGAGGCGCCAGGAACGCGAACAGCGGGAGGAGGAGGAGCAGCGCCGCCAGCGACUCUCAAGGGAGCGGGAGCAGCUGUUCCGUGAGCAGGAGCAGAGCCUCCAGGUGGAUCGGGAGAGGCAGCGCCGCAAGGAGGAGCAGCGCCGAGACCAAAACUGCAGGUGGCAACUAGAGGAGGAAAGCCAGAGGCGCUGCCACACACUGUACGCCAAGCCGGCUCAACGAGAGCAGCUGAGGGAGGAGGAGCAGCUGCAGAGAGAGCAACUCGAGAAGAGGAGGCGCCAGGAGCGCGAGAGGCAGCGUCGCGAAGAGGAGCUGCAGAGGGAGAAAGAGCAGCUACUGAGAGAGGAAGAGAAGAGGAGGCGUCAGGAGCUCGACAGACAUUAUUUAAAGGAGGAGGAGCUGCAGCGAGAGGAAGAACAGCUGCUGAGACGGGAGCGCGAGAGACAAUAUCGCGGAGAGGAGGUGCAGCGCCUGGACAGGAAGCGGCAAUUCCGAGACGAGGAUCGGCAGCAGGAUCUGAAAUGGCAGCGGCAACUAGAAGAAGAAAAUGAAGUUCGUAAUAACAGGGCUUACUCCAAACGCAGAGAAAAUGAAGAAAAGAUCCGACAACUAGAAGAUUCCCAGGUGCGGGAGAGGCAGUUUCGGCAAGAUCGGUUGCCCCUGAAGUAUGAACAGGAAGAGAGAGAAGGAGAGCAAGAGAGGAGGAGCAAGCAGCAGCGCGACCGGCAGUUCCCAGCUGAAGACCUGCUGGAGCGAGAGCAGCAAAAGGAAGCCAAAAGGCGAGACAGGAAGUUCCGGGAGGAAGAGCAACUGCUGAGAGAAGAAAUAGAAGAGAAAAGACGCCGUCAGGAAGAAGACAGAAAGUUCCGUGAGGAGGAACAGCUGCGCCGCCAGGAGCGCGACAGAAAGUUCCGUGAGGAGGAACAGCUGCGCCGCCAAGAGCGCGACACAAAGUUCCGUGAGGAGGAGCGGCUCCUGCAGCAAGAGGAGGAACAGCUGCGCCGCCAGGAGCGCGACAGAAAGUUCCGUGAGGAGGAACAGCUGAGCCGCCAGGAACGCGACAGAAAGUUCCGUGAGGAGGAGAGGCUCCUGCAGCAAGAGGAGGAACAGCUGCGCCGCCAAGAGCGCGACAGAAAGUUCCGUGAGGAGGAGCGGCUCCUGCAGCAAGAGGAGGAACAGCUGAGCCGCCAAGAGCGCGACAGAAAGUUCCGUGAGGAGGAGCAGCUCCUGCAGCAAGAGGAACAGCUGCGCCGCCAGGAGCGCGACAGAAAGUUCCGUGAGGAGGAACAGCUGCGCCGCCAGGAGCGUGACAGAAAGUUCCGUGAGGAGGAACAGCUGCGCCGCCAAGAGCGCGACACAAAGUUCCGUGAGGAGGAACAACUGCAGGAAGAGAAAGAACAGCUGCGCCGCCAGGAGCGCGACAGAAAGCUCCGUGAGGAGGAGCGGCUCCUGCAGCAAGAGGAGGAACAGCUGCGCCGCCAGGAGCGCGACAGAAAGUUCCGUGAGGAGGAACAACUGCAGGAAGAGAAAGAACAGCUGCGCCGCCAGGAGCGCGACAGAAAGUUCCGUGAGGAGGAACAGCUGCGCCGCCAGGAGCGCGACAGAAAGUUCCGUGAGGAGGAACAGCUGAGCCGCCAGGAACGCGACAGAAAGUUCCGUGAGGAGGAGAGGCUCCUGCAGCAAGAGGAGGAACAGCUGCGCCGCCAGGAGCGCGACAGAAAGUUCCGUGAGGAGGAGCGGCUCCUGCAGCAAGAGGAGGAACAGCUGCGCCGCCAGGAGCGUGACAGAAAGUUCCGUGAGGAGGAACAACUGCAGGAAGAGAAAGAACAGCUGCGCCGCCAGGAGCGCGACAGAAAGUUCCGUGAGGAGGAACAGCUGCGCCGCCAGGAGCGUGACAGGAAGUUCCGUGAGGAGCAGCUCCUGCAGCAAGAGGAGGAACAGCUGAGCCGCCAGGAACGCGACAGAAAGUUCCGUGAGGAGGAGAGGCUCCUGCAGCAAGAGGAGGAACAGCUGCGCCGCCAGGAGCGCGACAGAAAGUUCCGUGAGGAGGAACAACUGCAGGAAGAGAAAGAACAGCUGCGCCGCCAGGAGCGCGACAGAAAGCUCCGUGAGGAGGAACGGCUGCGCCGCCAGGAGCGCGACAGAAAGUUCCGUGAGGAGGAGCGGCUCCUGCAGCAAGAGGAGGAACAGCUGAGCCGCCAGGAGCGCGACAGAAAGCUCCGUGAGGAGGAGCGGCUCCUGCAGCAAGAGGAGGAACAGCUGCGCCGCCAGGAGCGCGACAGAAAGCUCCGUGAGGAGGAACGGCUGCGCCGCCAGGAGCGCGACAGAAAGUUCCGUGAGGAGGAGCGGCUCCUGCAGCAAGAGGAGGAACAGCUGAGCCGCCAAGAGCGCGACAGAAAGUUCCGUGAGGAGGAGCAGCUCCUGCAGCAAGAGGAACAGCUGCGCCGCCAGGAGCGCGACAGAAAGUUCCGUGAGGAGGAACAGCUGCGCCGCCAGGAGCGUGACAGAAAGUUCCGUGAGGAGGAACAGCUGCGCCGCCAAGAGCGCGACACAAAGUUCCGUGAGGAGGAACAACUGCAGGAAGAGAAAGAACAGCUGCGCCGCCAGGAGCGCGACAGAAAGCUCCGUGAGGAGGAGCGGCUCCUGCAGCAAGAGGAGGAACAGCUGCGCCGCCAGGAGCGCGACAGAAAGUUCCGUGAGGAGGAACAACUGCAGGAAGAGAAAGAACAGCUGCGCCGCCAGGAGCGCGACAGAAAGUUCCGUGAGGAGGAACAGCUGCGCCGCCAGGAGCGCGACAGAAAGUUCCGUGAGGAGGAACAGCUGAGCCGCCAGGAACGCGACAGAAAGUUCCGUGAGGAGGAGAGGCUCCUGCAGCAAGAGGAGGAACAGCUGCGCCGCCAGGAGCGCGACAGAAAGUUCCGUGAGGAGGAGCGGCUCCUGCAGCAAGAGGAGGAACAGCUGCGCCGCCAGGAGCGUGACAGAAAGUUCCGUGAGGAGGAACAACUGCAGGAAGAGAAAGAACAGCUGCGCCGCCAGGAGCGCGACAGAAAGUUCCGUGAGGAGGAACAGCUGCGCCGCCAGGAGCGUGACAGGAAGUUCCGUGAGGAGCAGCUCCUGCAGCAAGAGGAGGAACAGCUGAGCCGCCAGGAACGCGACAGAAAGUUCCGUGAGGAGGAGAGGCUCCUGCAGCAAGAGGAGGAACAGCUGCGCCGCCAGGAGCGCGACAGAAAGUUCCGUGAGGAGGAACAACUGCAGGAAGAGAAAGAACAGCUGCGCCGCCAGGAGCGCGACAGAAAGCUCCGUGAGGAGGAACGGCUGCGCCGCCAGGAGCGCGACAGAAAGUUCCGUGAGGAGGAGCGGCUCCUGCAGCAAGAGGAGGAACAGCUGAGCCGCCAGGAGCGCGACAGAAAGCUCCGUGAGGAGGAGCGGCUCCUGCAGCAAGAGGAGGAACAGCUGCGCCGCCAGGAGCGCGACAGAAAGCUCCGUGAGGAGGAACGGCUGCGCCGCCAGGAGCGCGACAGAAAGUUCCGUGAGGAGGAGCGGCUCCUGCAGCAAGAGGAGGAACAGCUGAGCCGCCAAGAGCGCGACAGAAAGUUCCGUGAGGAGGAACGGCUGCGCCGCCAAGAGCGCGACAGAAAGUUCCGUGAGGAGGAACAGCUGCGCCGCCAGCAGCGGGACGGUGCCUUCUCCCAGGAGGAACAACUGAGGCGCGCAGAGCAAGAGGAAGAACAGAGACGCCAGAGGCAGCGAGACAGGAAGUUCCUAGAGGGAGAGCAGAGCCUCCAGAAGGAAAGAGAGGAAGAAAAGCGACGCGACCCGGAGGAGGACCGGAAGUUCCGCGAGCAAGGAGAGCAGCUGCAGCGCGCGGGCCAGGAAGAGCUGAGGCGCCAGCUGGCGCGAGACCUGCAGUACCGGGCGGAGGAGCAGUUUGCAGCGGAGGAGAAGAGACGUCGGCAGGAACAAGAACUGCGCCCAGUAGAGCAGAGACGCCUGCAGGAGCGGGAGAGGAAAUUCCAGGAAGAAGAACAGCUGCGCCGCCAACAGCAGGAGGAGCAGAGGCGUCGCCAAGAGCGAGACCUGUGGCAGAGCCGCUGCCAAGUCUGGCAGGAGGACAAGGGCCGUCGGCAGGUCCUGGAGCCUGGGAAGCGGCAGGUUGCCAGCGCCCCGGUGCGCUCCAGCCCGCUCUACGAGUACAUCCAAGAGCAGAGAUCUCAAUACCGCCCUUAAGAGAUGCUGCCACAUGCCGACACCUGCCAAAGCUUCGCGCAAAGGAAAGUGAGAAUCACUGAGUACCAAAAGACUCACAUGUUUCUGGUUGUGGGAAGACCCUCUGAUGUUAGAAUAUCUCUUUUUUCCAAAAUCUUAAACUACACUCUUUCAUGUACUUUGUAAUCCUGCCUUUUUUCCUUCUUUACGUAGUUCAUUACUGCAGGAUGUCUUUGCUCUCUGGUGCAGAUGUGGUGUGCAUUUUUAAAACCGUAAGCCAUUUAAUUUGUUUGAGGAGUCUUGUUUGGGGAACACGUUCAUUUAUUGCUCUCAAAAGUAACAAGAAUAUUAUGUCGAUUUCAGAUUCAAAGGAAUUGAGUUUGUUUUUUUUUAUUGGUCGAUCCAUCUUGUGGAGAGUUCUGAUAUUUUUAAUAUACAAGUUGGUGUUUCUCCUCAGGUCUACAUUUUAUUAAUAUUUAGCUCCAAAUAGCCUCUCACUUCUUGUAGCAUAAUUAGCAGAUUCUGUGAGGGGACUGAAUUUUUACAACAACCUUUGGAUAGUGCAAGGGGAAUGGCUUCGCCACAAGAGCCCCUCGUGAAAUCGGCCCAGAACUGGAAUAAAUAUGUUAAGAAUAAGGUUUAGCUUGAAGGCUUAGAAUUUGAAUUCGAUUUUUUUUUACACUUAACUUCAUAAACAUUUAAAACCUCAUGAAGCAAAAGUAAGGUGUUUCUCAAACAACUCCAGAGCUCAAACUUUAAAACUGUGUCUGCUGUAGUCUGUAGUGCUCAGUUCUCUUCCCCCAGUCUUUCAUGAGCUAGAGAAUAGUACUACCUUUGUUAAUUUUAGCAGAGCGGGGACCUGCUCAGGAUCCUGUAGACAUCUGUCAUGCUGCAGGGCCAACAAGAGAUCACGGAGUGUUCGGGGGGAGGGAAAGGGAAAUAUUUGGGGACAUAGGGGCAAGUUCCUGAAGGCCCUUCGACAAGAGUCAGCCCACAAUCCUUUGAGGCCUACUGAUACUACCUUGGAGACAUGUUGAAAUAAUUGGACUGUGUAAAAAUUAGUAAUAAAUGCUUGGCAAACAAUUA